AUUUGGAAGGUCUAACUAGCAUUUUGCAGUAUGUCAGGCAGAGGUAAACAAGGCGGUAAAACCCGCGCUAAGGCCAAGACUCGCUCAUCUCGGGCUGGGCUACAGUUCCCUGUUGGCCGUGUUCACCGGCUGUUAAGGAAAGGCAAUUAUGCAGAGCGGGUGGGAGCUGGAGCUCCAGUCUAUCUGGCUGCAGUGUUGGAGUAUCUGACCGCUGAGAUUUUGGAAUUAGCCGGGAAUGCGGCCCGUGAUAACAAGAAGACUCGCAUUAUCCCCAGACACCUGCAGCUCGCUGUGCGCAACGAUGAGGAACUGAACAAACUGCUCGGAAGAGUCACUAUCGCUCAGGGCGGGGUCCUGCCCAACAUCCAGUCCGUGCUGCUGCCCAAGAAAACCGAGAGCUCCAAGUCGGCCAAGAGCAAGUGAUCUGCUCAGUCAGUACCUACAACACAAAGGCUCUUUUAAGAGCCACUCACACCUGCUGAAAAGGCUCCUGUUCAUGUUCCGAUGAGCGGAACUCAAUUAACUCCUUCACCCCUUGUUCGUUUUAUUAAUAUAACGAUGUAUUUCCCGCGCACGUAGAACAAUAUUUUAUUGCUGUAUCUUUCCCCCUUAUCCGACUGAAGGUUUACGGAGAUUCUGGAAAAAGACCCACGUUUAAUGGCAAGUCCCAUUCCCCGCAGUUCUAUCAGACAGCUUAUUGCAAUAGAAGCCCAAUACAGGAAUUGCGUUCGCCUUUUCCAGCCUCGGCGAACGCUUGUUAUUUUGGCGGAAACAUUUGCGAGGAAAGAAUUUAACUGGUAAAACUGGCCAAUAGCGCGCACGUGUUGUACAGGGCUCCGGCAAAGAGCGGGGGGUGUGUCUAGAGCCAACCAA